AUGUCCGGAUUCCGUGUAUUGGACGAGGAGGAUCGCCAGAUGCUAAUAUCGUGGCUCAAGGAGCAUAACAUCGAACUGAAUCAUCGCACCAGGACCGAGCUACGCGAUGCUUUCGCAGUGGCCAAGAUCUGUAAGAGGAUCCACCCCGACUUGGUUGACCUUCAGGUCUACACGCCCAGGUGCAGCAUGACCCAAAUGCUGAACAAUUGGAAGAUAUUUAACGACAGGGUUCUCAAGAAACUGGACCUGAACCUGUCCAAUUUGAUGCUCAAGGAGCUGGCUGGUGGGGCAGCGUGUGCCAUUGAAUCAAUCCUCUAUAAACUGAUGACCACCGAGUAUGCCCUGAAACGAGGAGAGGGCAAGCUCACUCUAGCCAAGAAACCGCUAGACAGACAUUGA